AUGGUGCAAAGCAAAGGCACCCUCAGAAACUGGCAACAAUUACGAGACCCCACCACAUCACCGAUACCAUUCUGUGGGCAUUUAGACUUAUGUGCAACAAAUAAUUCCCCCAAAUUCCAAUCUGUUUAUUAUCUAUCUAUCUAUCUAUCUAUCUAUCUAUCUAUCUAUCUAUCUCAGUCUGUUGAAAUCUAUCUAUCUAUCUAUCUAUCUAUCUAUCUAUCUAUCUAUCUAUCUCAGUCUGUUGAAAUCUAUCUAUCUAUCUAUCUAAGUCUGUUGAAAUCUAUCUAUCUAUCUAUCUAUCUAUCUAUCUAUCUAUCCAUCUAUCUAUCUUACUCUUCACCUCUCUAUAUAUAUCAGAAUAUUUUCAUAUCUAUCUAUCUAUCUAUCUAUCUAUCUAUCUAUCUAUCUAUCUAUCUCAGUCUGUUCUUAUCUAUCUCAAUAUUUAUAUAUCAUCUUCUCCCAUAUCUAUCUAUCUAUCUAUCUAUCUAUCUAUCUAUCUAUCUAUCGUUUUCUUUUAAACAUUCCAUUUUGUUAUUUCUUUUCACCUUUCGUCGCUUGUUCUUUUCCUUCUUUCUUUCUCUCUUCAUCUGUUGUAUCAUAUUUCAUUAUUCACCUUCUUUUUCUUCUUCGCUUUGCGCUCUUUUCUUUCCCUUUGUCGUCUUUCUUACUCUUUCCCUGUUUUGUUCUCUUCUUUGGUUCACGCAUCUUCAUCCUCUUCUGGAUUUCCCUCUCUUUUUUCUCUUUCUCUUGCUAAUUCUGUUGCUCUCUGCUUUAUUUUCUCUCUCUCUAAUUUUUCAUUUUUAUGCUCUCUCUCUCUCUCCUCUCUCUAAUUCUCUCGCCCUUUUCUUUUGUUUCCUCUUUCUUUCAUUUUCUUCCUUUCAUUCUUUGUAUGUUUUUCUUUAUUUUCUUUGUACUUAUUCAACUAUCUUUCUUUCUCCCUUUCUUUCUAGUUCAUUUAUCUCCUCUCUUUUUUCUUACUCAACUUCUUUCUUUCUUUUUUUCUUCCUUUCUUUAAACUAA